CUCCGGGAGAAAUGGGGUACCCCCGUGACUUCGUACUUCGUUGUUUUGAAUAUUUUGAUACUCAUGAUUCUUUCGACUGUUAGUACUUUUUUAAAUCUAUAACGAUAAUCGCACAAUUUUUUACUUCUGUGUUAUAAUUUUUGGUUCCGUCAAAAUCCCGCUGCUUACUCCUAACAAUGGCAUCUGGGUCUGAGUCUCUGAAGGAAAAGCCCACAGAUCCUGAGCCUGAGCCUUUGAAGCAAAAGCCCACAGGUCCUGAGUCUGAGUCUCCGAAGCAAAAGCCCACAGGUUCCGGGUCUGAGUCUCCGAAGCAAAAGCCCACAGGUUCUGGGUCUGAGUCUCCGAAGCAAAAACCCACAGUUUCUGGGUCUCAGUCUCCAAAGCAAAAACCCACAGGUUCUGGGUCUGAGUCUUCGAAUCAAGAGUACAAAUGUUAUGACCCUGAGGGUCUGAAGCAAAAGAUCAUAGAUUCUGGGUCUGAGUCUUCGAAUCAAAAGUACAGAAGUUUUGACCCUGAGGGUCUGAAGCAAAAGCUCAUAGGUCUUGGAGUUGAGUCUCCGAAGCAAAAGUACAGAAGUUCUGACCCUGAGGCUCUGAAGCGAAAGCUCAUAGGUCUUGGGGCUGAGUCUCUGAAGCAAAAGCCCACAGGUUCUGGAUCUGAUUCUCUGAAUCGAAAGCCCACAGGUCCUGGGUCUGAGUCUCGGAACCGAAUGCCCAAAGGUCCUGGGUCUGAGUCAUGGAAGCGAAAGCCCACAGGUCAUGGCUCUGAAUUUCGGAAGCGACGGCCCACAGGUCCUGGCUCUGAAUCUCAGAAGCGACAGCCCACAGGUCCUGGCUCUGAAUCUAGGAAGCAACAGCCCACAGGUCCACAGAAUUAUAACGACGCUGUGUGGAAACACACAAAAGGAAUGGUCGACAAAAAGUUGGAGAAGUCUGAACCUUACAGAAUAUUUAUGUCUCCGAUAGCUUGUGAUCCAGGAACACACAAUGAAGAAUCAACACUGUCGUUUGCAGAGCUCUUGGACAAAAGUCUCGGUGAUUUGUCCGAAUCACUUCACUUAAACUUCAUGGUCGAGCUCGGCUGGCUCUUUGCUCAAUAUUUCAUAACUGAUCAAAGGGGGAAAAAAAUGACACUUUUGUAUGAACGUUGUGAUGAAGAUAUAGACGAGUUACAUAAAAAGAAGAAAUUACUAAAUGUUAGACAUAAAAAAAUUAUUAAUAAAAAUGCUUUUGGUCAUCAACAUAGUAAAGUAUCAAUGUUUGCUUAUGCCGAUGGUAGUUUACGGGUAGUAGUUAUGUCGGCAAAUUUGUGUGAAGAUGAUUGGACCAAAUAUGCUCAAGGGAUUUGGGUGAGCCCAAAAUUUCCAUUGAAAGAGGAGGAUGAUAAGUCAGAUGGUAAUUCUCAAACUGAUUUUAAAAUAGAUAUUUUGCGAUAUUUAAAUUCUUUUAGAGAACCAUCAUUAGUUCCUUGGAUACAAAAAAUUGAAAAAGUCGAUUUCAGUCAAGCAAAUGUGUUUUUCAUACCUAGUGUUCCAGGGAAGCACACAGAACCACUGUGGGGUCAUUUAUAUUUAAAAAAUAUUUUGAAAAAACACGCUUGUCUACCAUUUUGUGUACCAUCAGAAUGGCCUAUAAUAGCUCAAUGUUCUUCUUUGGGGUCUUUGGGUACCACAGAUGAAGAAUGGUUGAAAUCAGAGUUUGUCGAAAGUCUAUCCGCUUCUACCUAUUGUGAUGAUACUGAUACAGACAAUGAUCCUAUCCCCUUCCACUUGAUCUACCCAUCCGUGAAGAAUGUUUUGAAUAGUUGGGAUGGAGCUUUAGGUGGUAUCUGUUUGCCUUACAAUAAGAUUUUACAUGAAAAACAAUUGUGGCUUAAAAAAUACAUGUGCUUGUGGCAGUGUCAUUCACGAAAGCGAACAAAGGCUAUGCCUCAUAUAAAAACCUAUUGCAGAAUAUCACCAUGUUUGACAGAAAUGUCUUGGUUUUUGUUGGGUAGCGCUAAUUUAUCAAAAGCUGCUUGGGGCAGAAAACUUAAGUCUGAUGAACAGAGUAACUUCAUAAUGGCACACGAGGCUGGAGUUUUGUUCUUACCUCAAUUUUUGAUUGGAUCAGAUACAUUUCCUAUAGAUGAAACCGAACCAAAUAAAUUCCCAUAUUUUAGUUUACCUUUUGACUUGCCAUUAGCUGGAUACUCGGACACUGACCAACCUUGGACUAUAAGUACUAGGUAGGUAGAUUACGAAAUAAAUUUAACAUGUCUAUGUAAUAAAAUAAUAUAGGUAUACUUUUUAAAAUUAAUAUAUUCAUUUUUUUAUGUUUUAAUUUACCUUUAUAUUAAAAUAUUUUUUUAAUUUAUAUUCACUUAAGAACAGGUUUUCAAUAGAAUAUUAUUAUUUAUAUAUAUUUUUAUUUAAUUGUAUGUAAUUUAAAAAUACAUCAGUUUCCUAAAUACUGUA